UGGAGCAGCGAGCUGUUGCGUUCAUAAAGAGGCGGCAUGGCUGCAGCAGGGAGCAUCGUCUUGAGCCUUUUACUGGUUACCAGCAGCAAUGCCUUCUUGACUCCUGGGAUUGCGCGGACUAACGCACUCAGGCAGUCUGGCUCCAAGCUGUCGCACAUUCCCUCCACCUCCAACCCCGUAGCCGGAUUGAAGCAGCUGGAGGCGUCCUCGUUUGUAUCGGGGGUGUCAUGCAGCGCCUUGAGGGGGGAGGGGAGCGGCAGCAGCAUGGGAGGGUUGUCUAUGAAGGUCAUCAACGUGGGUGUCAUUGGUGCAGGAAGGAUCGGGCUGGUGCACCUGGAGGCGCUAUCCAGCUGCGCCAACGCGAAGCCCCUCAUCAUCAGCAACCCCACCGUAUCUAAAGCCGAGGCGGCGGCGUCCAAGUACAACGUCCCGGAAUUCUCGUCGGACGCCAUGGACGUGAUCAACCACCCGGACGUGGACGCCGUGUGGAUCUGCUCCCCUUCUCAGUUCCACGCCGACCAGAUCAAGGCGUGCGCCGCUCAAGGCAAGCACGUCUUCUGCGAAAAGCCGAUCGCCACGGACGUGCCGGAGACGAUCGAGGCCAUCAACGCGUGCAAGAACAACAACGUCAAGCUCAUGACCGCCCUGCAGAGGCGGUUCGACCCGAACUUCGCGCGCGUGAAGAUCGCCAUCGCAGACGGAGAGGUCGGCGAGGUCAUCCAGGUAAAGCUUACGUCCAGGGAUCCUUCUCCGCCGCCGGUGGAGUAUGUGCGUGGAGGCGGGGGCAUCUUCAAGGACAUGGCCGUGCACGACCUGGACAUGUCUCGUUUCCUCAUGGGCUCGGAACCCACGCGAAUCCUCGCCCAAGGUUCGUGCCAGAUCGACCACGCAAUCGAUUCCCUGGAUGGACCGGAGGCGUUCGACACGGCCAUGAUCAUGGUCGAGUUUGAGAGCGGAAAAACGGCGGUGAUCGACGUCUGCCGACAGGCCCCUUACGGGUACGACCAGCGUGCGGAGGCCCUGGGCAAGAAGGGGAUGAUCCAGACCGACAACAUGUACCCGAACACAGCCCGAGUAUACCUCAAGGGCUUCACCGGGAACGCGGACAUGCCGUACGACUUCUUCAUGAGCCGCUACAAGGAGGCGUACAUCCAGGAAACUCUCGCUUUCUGCGACUGCCUGGUGAACGACAAGCCUUCGCCGUGCUCGGGUGAGGACGGUCUGAUGGCUCUCAUCAUGGCGAUCGCGGCCGGAAAGUCGGCCGAAGAAAAACGCUGGGUUAGCUUUGACGAAAUCCCUGAGGCCAGUGUUUGCGACCCGAAGGACAACCACUGCGACAUCGUCAACCCCAUCGAGUACGCCAAGCACGGGGAGACGCUGGCCGAGCUGGAGAAUUCCUUCUUCCAGAGAGCCAAGGAGUUGCUCGGCAUGGCCAAAGUUUAAACAACCGAAAAGCGUCGCAUGCGUUCUCCUCGGGCGGUCGUGUCGAUGAUUUGUCUGCACCAUGUAUUGGGCGGGACUCAUCGUGUGAGGAGGCGGGUGUGGCGGGUGCGGGUACAAGCAGGUCUGUUCGUUGUGUGGGGCAGCUACCUACCACUCCGGUGGGUGUACAGAUGUGGACUGCCUAGCGUGGUGCGAGUAAGACCUUGUAUCUUGGAGACUUUGUUCCGGAGGGGACGACUAAUGUGCCAACAAAACGUAUAUAUAGAGGCACAUGGGCUGGUCUUGUCGGCCUACCUUUACGGCCUUCCAUUUUCAGGGACAUAGAUGUUAACACACGUAAAUAUUCCGGGCUUGGUGUCCACCACAAAAAGUACACGCGUGUGCUGUCUACUAGUUAUGACACUACUAAUCCUGGUGUGGUCCGACACUUUGAGCGAUAGAUGGGUGGUACCCAACUUUUUUUCCGCAGAUGGCAGUGGGAUGGCGGUGGCACGACGGGAGUGCGCGUGUAUGGAUUUUCGGUUUGACUGUUGUUGAUGGCGGAGCUCGGUCUCGCUGUCAAGUCGUUUUUGGCCGCCUAUGAUGGAGUGUUAUGGCUCCGGUGCGGUUUUGUGCCACGUGUCUUUUCUUGCGUUCGGGUCCGGCUGGCUGCCUGCCUGCCUGCCUCGGGCGGACGUAAGUUUCGAUCAGAUCGUUGUUGCCCCCCCCACCAUUCUUGUGGGUUAGGCUUUGGUGGGAAGUAGCUGGUCGAGUCCAAGAGCGCUGAUUUUGCAGAGGUUUGUCGUGAAGAAAGAGAACGAAUUGCCACCAACCUGAAACUGUUCCCAAACGACCAAGUGUGGAAGAUUUGAGGAGAACUGCAUGCAUGGGUCGGGUAUGUGACGCGAAACCUUCGAUGAUGCCUUGCUCAUGGUUAGACCCCGAUGCGUCUGGUGUGCGCAGGCCACAUGAGGAGCGUUCAAACGAGUGUUGCCCUGAAUUUUGGUGGUGAUGUUGGGACAGGGUCGGAUCUUUCGGGCAACACAAUACAGAAAAACAAGAAACGUUCUUGAGCACGGAAGGAUUUCCGCGCAACAGUUCGUCCUCGUAAGCUCGUUGUAACCGCGCCAAAUCCGAGGUCCCGGAGCAAAUUAGCCGCGUAUGCCCUUUGUCAAUCCGGUGCAGUUUUGUAACCGCAUCCCCCUUGCCACCCCAGAGCGCCGUGCAUUUCUGCGGAAAUUAGGCAGCCUAAGCUUGCGUGAGACAACUCUGCGUCAUUGGCACGUACGAUGACGCGUCAUUAGCCACACUCAAAUGCAUGAAAAUGUUGCCCUUGCAGACGAGAAGAAAGGUGGUGUCGCUGGAGUCCCCCCUGUGCCAACAGAGGUACUUGUUGGUAUUGAUUGGUCUUCCCGUCGAAUUCUUUCGUUUAUCUUGCUCUCUGACACCACACGAAAGACGACCGAAUGUGCCGCCAGAGCCCCGAAUGAAUCGUAAGCGUAGCAGUUGGAAGGCACAAAGCGUUGGUUGCGGAGCUCGUGAUUGGAAUGGCGAGUGAAGGAUAAUUCCAUGGCAGCGGUUUGUACGUUCUAAACUUCCAGACGUGUGUGAGAGGAAGGGAAUGCGGGCGCUCUCACCGCACCCUUGACACGGGUGGCUAAUUUUCCCGCAUGUUCAUCAGGAAUAACACG